AUGACGAAGGGAGGGUCCGUAGCAUCCUCUUCCCCUCUUCAGCUGUUCCUCUUCCUGCACCACUUUCCUGCCCACCGGCGGUCCAUUUCUCUUCACCCGCCCGCCGGCGAGGGCCGCCGCUGCCCCGCCACCUGUUGCGCCGCCGUCGCUACCACGACGAGGAGGAGCUUUGCUCUCCUAUUAGCUUCCUCUCUCCGUUUUCUGCUUUCUCCUUCGGUGGCGGCGGUCGAGGAAGCCGGCGGAGAAGAGGUUCUGGAGACGUACACCGACAAGGAAGAGGGCUUUUCCUUGCUCAGGCCUUCCUCGUGGGUUAAGGUACGCUGAUUGGGGCGAGGACGGGAUUCAUCUCUCUGUUUGUUGAAUGAAGAUAAUCUGUUGAUGCGAUCUUCUGCUGGUUAGGUCGACAAGGCAGGGGCGACGGCGCUGUUCGUGAGCGAGAAGAACAAGAACGACACCAUAGGGGUCGUGGUGAAUCCGGUUCGUCUUUCAUCUCUGAAGGAUUUCGGAACGCCGGAGUUCGUGGCUGAGAAGCUCAUCCAAGCGGAACGACGCAAGGUCCGCCUCUUCCUUUUCUUCUAGAACCCGAUGUGAUCUCCAUAUCUUCCUCUUGCUCCGUCGUCUGGCAGAUGAGGCUUGAACGAACCCAGUAAUUGUCCCGCUGUUCGUCACAGUUUAGGGAUGAUCUUGAUCAAUGUGGCGGGCCUCUGAGCAUUCUGCAUUGUGAGUAAAUGCGCAAAGUAAUGCUGCUGAAUACCCAACCACUUCCUCGAUCAAUUCUACGGUUGAAGUCAACUUCUGCCAAAAUUAGGUUUCCAAUGUCUGCUGUAAUCGGGUGGCGAGUAGGUCAGAAAGCAAUUAGAAGAGAACUAACUAGCUAUAUCGCCACUGCACCAGGGCAAGGGCUCAGACAGUUUUAUAAUUAAAAUGAAAGGAGGAGAAAAACUCGAUGGGCACAGAAAAUAAAGCUUCAUAAGCUUGAUCGAUGUUUGCAACCAACUUCGUAGGAAUCUACCCUUUGAUUGCAGGACUGAGAAGUAUUCGUUUCUGAGCUGAUGAACAGUUUUCAUGCAUUUUAUUAUUUAAUAUGCAUAUACCAGAAACAAUAUCUCAAUAAUUGGGAACCAAUAAUCUCCUGUGCAUACGAAUUAUGAGAUAUUUAAGGCUUUUUGUCUCUAGUCGCAUCACACUCUGCUGGGGUAGUUCUAAGAUUUAUAAAUGGAACUUGGAUUCUCCAUCAUUGGACUGUGGAUUCCAUUUCUUUUUUUUUUUUGGAAGAAAAAAACGACACAGUCAUCGAUUAACACAACAAGAACAAAACUUUUCUUCUGAAUCUUCGCCCAUUUCCAGGCCCGUCGAGAGUCAUGCAUGGGGAAUAUUUAUGUAUGUAUGUAUGCACAAAAACUUGAAUAUAUUAAUGAGAAUAUGGUACGGGACAUCUCCCUCUUUGCUACUGUAAUGUCUUUCCAUUCUGUUUGUUGACAGGAGAGCACAAAGGAUGCCCAGAUGGUGACUGUUGCAGAGAGGGUGGGCUACAGAGGUUUGCCAGUGUUCGAGUUUGAGUACACAGUGGAUAGCUCCAGAGGGGGAUUGAAGAGGAUUUUCUCAGCCGUGCUUGUCGACGCUAGUAAGCUUUAUGUUCUCAACAUUACCUCCUCUGAUAAGCCCGAGUCUCCUCUGGGCACAGAAGCGAGAACGAUUUUGGAAAAGGUGCUCCACUCCUUCAAUGUUUUAGAAUGA